AUGGAUAACAUAAACCAAACAAGGGUCACAGAAUUUAUUAUUGUUGGAUUCCCAGGACUUCAGGACUCUCAGAGCAAGUCUGUCUUGUUUGCUGUGUUCCUCACAUUGUAUCUCAUAAUUAUAUUAGGGAAUCUUCUUCUUAUUGGCAUAUUUGCGGCAGAUGCAGGCUUACACACUCCCAUGUAUAUGACAAUAUGCAAUUUGGCCAUCAUUGACAUAACUCUUCCUACCUUCACUGUACCUACAAUGUUAAAUGUGUUCAGGUCCGCUUCUUAUGCUGUUCCCUUACCAGCUUGUUUCAUCCAAACAUAUUUCUUCCUGGCUUUAGGCUGCGUAGAAUGCUUUAUACUUUUGAUUAUGGCCUAUGACAGAUACCUUGCCAUCUGCCACCCACUGCAUUACCCCAUCAAGAUGAGCCCUAAAUUCACUUUUAAACUCAUUAUUAUCAGCUGGCUGGGAGGAUUCCUCUGCCCACUAUCUCCAGUCAUUAUGGGUAUGACAAAGCCAUACUGUGGACCUAACAAAGUUUUACAGUGCUUCUGUGAUUUUUCUGGAGUGUUACGCUUGGCUUGUGCAGACAUUGUCUUGACCAGCUAUGUGGCUUUAGCUGUUGCUAUGUGUGUGUUAUUGAUCCCUGUCUUCUUCAUCCUCCUUUCCUAUUUGAAGAUUGUUAAAUCAGUUCUCCAUAUUUCAAGUCCUGAGGGGAGGAUCAAAACAUUCUCCACAUGCAGCUCACACCUGCUGGUCAUCUCUGUCUUCUAUCUAACAGCAGCAGGUGUCUACAUCUCCUACAGGAUUCCUGAGGCUUCUGUGGACUUGCGAAUCUUUGGGGCAGUGUUUCAGAAUGUCUUCCCUCCCCUCAUGAAUCCCAUCAUUUACUGCCUGAGAACUAAAGAGAUCAGAGCCAGUCUGAUAAGAACCUUGAAAAAGAAUAAAUUCUUCCCAGGUGUCUGGUGA